UCAACUUGUUGAAUCUUAUCAUCACACGAAGCAAUUAGCUGAAUGUGAAACUAAAGAAGAUCAAAGAAUGCGCAAUGCAUUUACUAAUUUUAUUAAAACCCGAAUUCAAUUAUUUGAACCUUAUUUUCCUGAAUUAAAUAGUCUGAAAAUGAAUUAUAAAAGUACAAGCUUGAUUUUAAGUAAUAUUCCAAAAGAAUCUUCAACCAUUGAUAUCGGAAUUCAAGUAACAAUAAAUAAUGAUCUUUUAAUACAAAUAGAUACUUUGAAAACUUCUUUAGCUAAUCUUGUAACUGAUCAUUCUAAUCAAUUACAAAUUAUUCAAGCUAAAAAUAAUAGAAUUUCUGAAUUAGAAAAUAAAUGCGAAUUUCUUAAAAAACAAAUUACUGAACUUAAUACUAAAUUAAAGCUUUUAAGCUUAUAUCAAAAUCAA